UAAAAAAGUUAUCUCAUUUUAUUAACACGUGUAAACAAAUAAAAUAGUUGUGUUUAAUAAAAUAGAAUAAUAAUACCUACUCUGAUAUUCACACAGACGAUAAAAAUAAUAUCAAUCAACAAACCCAGAAAAAACAUAAACAAAGACAAGUUCACAUUCUCGGUGUAGUUACCUAAUUCAAUGAUACAAUUCUACACCCGUGGUCCGCGAUAAAACAAGGCAAAACAUAACAAGACAUCUCACAUGUACCUAAAUUGCAUUUAACACGAUGCAUUCGACGACAACUGUACGCUAUGAUUAGAUUGCAUCCGUUCUCCGAUGUAACUUAAACUUAUAGUAAUUGAAAAGUUAGUAGCUAUUAUUCGAAGUAUAAUUGUAGUGCAGUUUUUGUCAAUCUAAUAAUGCCUAAUAUAUAUCCUAUAUCCUUCUUUUUACAAUGGUCUAAAUUGAAAAUAAAAGUCAAAAACAACUUCAUUUUUUUUUUUAUUACAGUAGGCAAUAGGCAUAAUAUUAUUGUAAAAAUGUGCAAAAUAUUCUCACUAACAUUACGUUGAUUUCGUUACAAAGUUCACGAGCUUUUAAAAUCGAUUCAUGUAUAUCAGUUAAUGGAGGACAUUUUGAAUGAUUAUAAAAAUAAAUGAAAAUCUUACUUAAAAUAUCAACGAGUCGUGUGUUCUUUAUAAUCUAUUGAAUUAAAGAAUUAGUUAUCAAAGUAUGAACUAAAAUUCAUAUAGAUACAAUAAUAUUAUGUUGUAUUGUUUUGAAAUAGAAAUUUCUUUUAUAGUUUUAUUCAUUUUAAAUUCAAUCGUUUUUAAAAUUGUUUUUUCUCCGUAUUACAAUUAAAUAACUUUACAUAAGGGUUAUUUACGAAUUAAAAAAAAAAACUUUAAGGUUUUUUUUGACUUUUUUUUUAUUUUAGACGGUUGUAAAGGGGUGAUAUAACUUAUCAGUCUGAGCAUAAAAAUAUUGGUCGUUACCGAUUGUCUAUACUCGAUCCAUCGGAUGGCGUUGAGUACCAACCUACGAUUGAGAAAACAUCGUAGUGUAUAAAUGUAUAACCAUAGAAAAACAAUAUAGAAAAUAUGAAGUUCGAUCAGCUGAUCGUAUUUUUGUUCACCUGUGAUCUGAAAUCUGAACGUCCAAAAAACACGGAGACAAAUUAAGGUUAUACGCGAUUGUUAAGUUUGUCUACUUAAGUUAUUGAGCAAUGACUAUAAUACUAUAUUACUCAAUGAUUUAAGUUGUACGGAAACUUAUAUUGCCACGAUGUUCAACUUGUUCAAGACCGUAACAACAUACGUGACCUAACCAGUGCGCCGUAGACAACGACGAAUUACACAUUUGCCGCUCCAUUAAACUCAUCUGUGAGUAAAAUAUAUUUUUAAGUACUUAUAUUUGGUAUAAUUAUCAACUGAGAAAAAAAUUGUAUAAAUGCAGUUUAGUACCUCUUCAACAAUUUGUUUUUUUUUUUUAUUGAAACUUAUGUAACUUGAAGAUUUAAGAAUGAUGGAAUUAGUCGCUUGGACUUACUUUUAAUGUUAUAGCUUACCAAAGUUUACGAUUUUAUGUUUUAUACGAAUGAGCAGAACAUUGUUUUAUAAUACCACGCAGAGGAUCUCAAGUUUGACAUUAUAAUAAGUUAUGUUACUUAAACAUACUGCUGUGAGCAUCAUUUCACCGUGAAAUAGAGUUUGAUACAAUGAUUUCGUAGCAUGAAAAAAUGACCAGUAACAGUCAACAGACGUCCUGAGAUUACAAAUAAUUAAAAAAAUUAUUUAAAGUUGGAUGUAACUAGAAAGAAGGAAAUAGAAGCUUGUUUUAAAGUAAGAAACCAGAAGCCAUUUAUGAAUAAAUAUACUGCAGAUGUAAUGGAUUAUGGAUGUGUGACAUUGUGACAGUCCAAAUUAUAUUAUCCAAAUAUAUUUAAGUAACAUAAAUAUAACAUAAAGUCUAAUAAAUUUUUACUCAUUGCACAGAUAUAAAAAAAUAUUGAUAAAUUUUGUGUAUUUGAUGUUUUUGUAUAAAAACAGAAAAUAGUAGUAUAGAAAGAAAUUAUUGCAGAAAAUAAUUAUUUCUGAAUAAAACACCUAAAAGACAACUUAAAUAAUUCAAAAAACAUGAUUGAAAAAUUAACAAGUGACAUGAGUGAGGUUGCAACUCAAUUUUCAACUUUGUUAUCUUUUAAAAACUCACAAUCAGAAGAAUUAAAUUCAAAAAAUAAUAUUCAUAUUCCAAUUGUAAAAAAACCUAUUAGAGGUGAUGUGUGGAAUGUCUAUGUCUCAAAUAUAAAUUCAUUAGAACAUGUUCAUGUACAGAACAUUGAAAAUUAUGAAUAUACUCAAUCAAUUAGUAAAGAAUUAGAUAAACAUGAUUCUACAUUAACAAAGCUUCCAAAAGUAGGAGAUUUAAUUGCUGCUCAUGAUUUAUAUGGUGUUUGGUAUAGAGCUACAGUCGAAAGGAUUACUGAAUUGGGACUUUAUGUAACUUUUAUUGAUUUUGGGAUUUCUCAAGCAUUAGUUACUGAAUUUAAAGAUCUACCAAAAGAACUUAAUAGUGUAACACCGAUGGCUUUUCGUUGUUGUUUGAGAAAUGUAUCGAAAGAAAAUGAAAAACAAUUAUCAGUUCUAGAUUUAUAUGAUGCAAUUCGUAAAUUCUUCAAUUGUUAUCAAAUAACUACCACUUUUUUAAGCAAUAAUGAGCCAUAUUUAGUUACAUUAUCACAUAACGAAAAUGAUGUACUUGAUAUUGUAUACAAUUUAGUUUGGAAUGGUAUUGUUCCUGGAAUAUCUGAUGAUCCAAUAAACUGUGCAAAAAUUAAAAUGUUGAAUAAAAUAUUUCCAAAUUCAAGGACAACGGUUGUUAAUAUUGGACCUGUUUUAUCCAUGAAUCAUUUUUAUGUUGAAACUGAAUUGAGUUAUCAAAUUGGCAAAUGUAUUAGAACUGAAAUCGAAAAUCAGACAAAGUGGAUUCCAGUAUUACAUCCUAAAGAGGGUCAAAUAGUAAUCGCUAAAAAUACCAACGAUUUAAAAUUAUAUCGGGCAAGAGUAAUAAUGAAAUAUAACGAUUGUGAAAAGUAUAAAUGUUUUUUAAUCGAUUGUAUGACAUUUGAAUACUGUUCUGAAAUAUUUAAACCCAGUGAUUAUCUACGGAAAGCACCUCCAGUUAAGAUACACUGCUCUUUAGAUAUAUCAAAAAAUUAUUGUAAUAAUAUACUUGAAAGCAUGAAUUUGGCUUUUAUUAAUGAAAUAGCUAAAUGCAUUGAUGAGUCAAAAGUCAUGCACGUAAAAAAAAUUGACAAUCCAUGUGUAAUAGACUUGGAGAUUGGUAAUUUAAAUCUCUUUCAAGUUAUUGAACCAUGUGAAGUGAGCGUGAUCAAUUAUUCUAGUAUGAACUAUUUCUCAGUCCGAUUAAAUUCAUUUGAGGCAAAACAAAUUUCAUAUGUUCUAAACACUACUAAAAUAUUGCCAACUGUUUCUAACCCAGAAGUUUUUAAACUAUAUGUGGCUAAAAUCAGAUCACAAUACAAGAGAGUAAAAUAUUUAGGUGAAAAUGAAUUAGGCCUUAGAGUAAAACUUGUAGAUGAAUUUGUAUGUCAGAAGAUAUUUGUUGAUGAACUAUAUGAACUUCCAAAAUCAAUAAUUAAUAUGAAAACCACAGAUUUGUCUUGUUCUCUUGGAUUAAACAAACUGUCUUAUUCAAACAAAUUGUUUGUUGACAUAUGUAAAAAUGGCAAAACAACAUUUAAAAUGGUUGUCAUUAACGACGAUGGUAUGAAUGCUAUUAUUGUUAAACUUUUUUUAGAUUGCAAUGAUAUAACAUCAAUGAUUUGUAACCAACCUUCUUAAUGAUGAUUUUUUUUUUUAUCUACAAUUUUAGAAACAUUGACCAUUAUUAUUGUGAAUUAUACAUAACUACUAUAUAUUCCGUAACAGUUGCCAUACUAUAAUAUGAUAAUAAAAAUUACUGACCACCAUAUAUUUCUUUUAGAUUAUUAAUUUAUAAUAUGUAAAUGGGCAUGGUCCCUUUUUUAUUUUUAAAAUAUUUAAAAUUGUACCUUUUAUUAUAUAGUGAAUUUUAUUUGUUAAAUGUAACUUUUUUUAUGUCAAUUGAAUAAUUGUAAUUAUUUAUAUAAAUGUAUUUACGCUAUAUUAUUAUUAAACUUAAUUAUGAUUUUUUUUUUUUUUUAAUGUUCAAUUUUAGAAACAUUGAUCAUUGUUAUUGUGAAUUGUAUAUAACUACCUACUAUCUAUUCUGUAACAGUUUUCAUACCAUAAUCAGAUAAUAAUUAAUAAUGACUAUAUUGACAACCAUGUAUUUCAUAAAAAUGACUGACCACCAUAUAUUUCUUUUAGAUUAUUAAUUUAUAAUAGAUACAUGGGCAUGGCUCCUUUUUUAUUUUUUAAAUGUUUAAAAUUGUACCUUUUAUCAGUAAAAUAAAUAGUAUAUAAUAGUAUAUUAUAGUGAAUUUUUUUUGUUAAAUGU